CCAUAAAAAAAUAAAAUAAAAAUUGCAAAUUCCAAAACUGUACUUGCUCCCGUAACGAUUUAAAAGGGAGGCCAAGUCAAUCAGCUGCCUUUCCGAUCCCAUUUCCAAUUUCAAGAAUGGAAGACUCAAAUUCGCGAGAGAUAUUAGACUCAGAGAUGGAAACCAUGGACUUACGAAGCCAGGAAUCGACUGAUCAGGUUGAGUUAGAGAGCGAGUUGCCACCAGAGAAGGAAGUCAUAACCGACGACUGGAGAGACGCCAUCAACAAGGUGGUCCCCGCUGUGGUGGUUUUGCAAACCACCGCGUGUCGCUCCUUCGACACCGAACUUCCUUCCUCGGGGUCCGCCACUGGGUUUGUUGUUGAUAAGAAUCGCGGUAUCAUUCUCACUAACCGACAUGUUGUCAAGCCUGGCCCUGUAGUUGCCCAGGCUAUAUUUGUCAACAAUGAAGAAAUUCCUGUGUACCCAAUUUACAGAGACCCUGUUCAUGAUUUUGGAUUCUUUCGUUAUGAUCCUAGUGAAAUACAAUUUCACAAGUAUGAGGAGAUUCCUCUUGCCCCAGAAGCUGCUACUGUUGGGCUUGAAAUCAGAGUUAUCGGCAAUGAUAGCUGUGAGAAGGUUUCCAUUUUGGCCGGUACCCUUGCUCGUUUGGAUCGAAAUGCACCUACUUAUAGAAGAGAUGGUUAUAAUGACUUCAAUACCUUCUACAUGCAAGCAGCCUCCGGAACUAAGCGAGGUUCUAGUGGUUCCCCGGUGAUUGAUAAGCAAGGGAGGGCGGUGGCCUUGAAUGCUGGGGGCAGCGUAUCAUCUUCAUCUGCCUUCUAUUUACAUUUAGAGAGAGUUGUUAGGGCAUUGGCAUUUCUCCAGAAGUCCAAAGAUGCUUCUAUACCUCGUGGCACCCUUCAGGUAACGUUUCUCCAUAAAGGAUUUGAUGAGACACGCCGGCUUGGUCUUCCGAAUGAAACAGAGCAGAUGGUGCGGCAAGGCUCUGCACCAGGUGAAACUGGAAUGUUGGUUGUUGACUCUGUGGUGCCGUGUGGGCCAGCUGAUAGGCAAUUGGAGUCAGGGGAUGUGCUUGUGCGUGUGAAUGGGGAAGUGACUACUCAGUUUUUAAAAUUGGAGGCAUUGCUUGAUGACAGUGUUGACAAAAAGAUCGAAUUACAAAUUGAAAGGGGUGGCACAUCAUUAACCGUUAGUAUAGUGGUUCAGGAUUUGCACUCGAUAACUCCUGACUGCUUCUUAGAAGUAAGUGGUGCAGUGAUACACCGUUUGUCUUAUCAACAGGCCAGAAACUUCUGCUUCCAAUGUGGUCUUGUAUAUGUUUCGGACCCCGGUUACAUGCUGUCUAGGGCUGGCAUUCCUCGUCAUGCCAUCAUUAAGAAGUUUGCCAAUGAUGAGAUAUCACAACUUGAAGAUGUAAUCUCUGUUCUGUCUAAGCUAUGUAGGGGUGAUAGAGUGCCAUUGGAGUAUAUAAGCUACAAGGAUCGCCAUCGAAGAAAGUCUACCUUGGUCACAAUUGAUCGCCAUGAAUGGUACAAUGCUCCGAAGAUAUACACACGGGAUGAUAGUUCUGGUUUAUGGAUGGCAAGGCCUGCUAUUCAACCGACCACCCUGCAGUUGUCACCUUGUAGUAGCGAUGUCACUCAAGGUCUAAACAGCCAAGCAUCUUCAUUGAAUAGUGAAUCAACUCCUGCUGAAGGCACGGAUCAAGCUAACAACCAGGAGUUGACACAUGAUAUUAUGAGAACAGAAGCCGGUUAUGAACAUAUUUCUGAGGAGGCCCAUUCCAGGGAAGAGUGUGAUGUUAAAACUAAUAAGCAACAGGUACAGGGGAACUUGUCCUCUGAUGAAAUUGCAAUUGCUGACCGUUUCUUGCUUGAAAUUGGAGAAAUGAAAUUGGAGACUCCAGGUACCACAGAAAUUACAGUUUCAAAUGGCUAUGAAGGUGCAAUAGCAGCAGCAACUAAUGCUUCAUUUGCGGAACGUGUGGUGGAGCCCACUCUUGUAACAUUGGAGGUCAAUGUGCCACCAUCAUGUUUACUUGAUGGCAUUCAUUCAUUGCAUUCUUCUGGGACUGGUGUUGUUGUACAUCAUUCUCAAGACAUGGGAUUGGUUGCUAUUGACAAGAACACCGUUGAAACAUCUGCAUGUGAUGUGAUGCUGUCAUUUGCUGCUUUUCCUAUCGAGAUUCCAGGGGAGGUUGUCUUUCUUCAUCCUGUUUACAAUUAUGCUCUUGUUGGUUAUGAUCCCUCUGCUCUGGGGGCUGUUGGUGCUUCUAUGGUUCGUGCUGCUGAGUUACUUCCUGAGCCUGCAUUAUGUCGUGGAGAUCCAAUAUAUCUGAUUGGGUUAAGUAAGAAUCAACGAGCAAAGUCUAGGAAAUCAAUUGUGACGAACCCUUAUGUCGCAUUAAAUUUUGGCUAUGCUGAUCGUCCACGGUAUAGAGCAAUAAAUAUGGAAGUAAUUGAGCUUGACACUGAUUUUGGUAAUGCAUUUACUGGUGUGCUAUGUAAUGAGCAUGGAAAGGUUCGGGCUAUAUGGGGGAGCUUUUCAAACAAGCCAAAAUCUAGUCACACUACAUCAAAGGAUUAUCAAUUUGUUCGAGGUGUCCCAAUCUACAUGAUUAGCCAAGUACUUGACAAAAUUAUAUCUGGUGCAAAUGGGGCUUCUAUUCUCAUAAACGGUGUCAAAAGGUCAAUGCCACUUGUUAGGACUUUAGAGGUGGAACUUUGCUCUAGAUUGCUUUCAAAGGCCCGGAGUUUUGGUCUUGGUGAUGAAUGGAUCCAGAGACUUGUAAAGAAAGACCCAAUGAGACGACAAGUUUUGCGUGUUAAAGGUUGUUUGGCUGGAUCUAACACUGAGAAUCUAUUAAAACAAGGCGACAUGUUGUUGGCAAUCAACAAAGAGCCAGUUACUUGCUUCCAAGACGUAGAAAAUGCAUGUCAAGCAUUAGAGAACUGUGUUGACAGUGAUGGGAAGCUUAAAAUUACCAUUUGUCGGCAGGGAGGUGAAGUUGAUCUAUUUGUUGGAACAGACAUUAGGGAUGGUAAUGGUACAACACGAGCAGUAAAUUGGUGCGGCUGUCUUGUUCAGGAUCCUCAUCCAGCAGUUCGUGCCCUUGGAUUUCUUCCUGGAGAAGGUCAUGGUGUCUAUGCAGCAAUGUGCUGCCGUGGAAGUCCUGCAGAUAGAUAUGCUCUAGGUGCUCUUAGAUGGAUUGUUCAAGUCAAUGGAAAACCCACUCCUGACUUGGAUGCUUUUGUAAAUGUGACAAAGGGAUUACGAUUUGAUGAGUUCGUUCGUGUAAAGACCAUCAAUCUGGAUGGGAAGCCACGAGUGCUAACGUUGAAGCAGGACUUGCACUACUGGCCUACAUGGGAGUUGAGGUUUGAUCCAAACACCGCUAGGUGGCGGAGAGAGACAAUAAAGGCUUUAGAUUGCAAUAAUGAAUAAACAGAUUGUUCUGAUCUCACUUCAUGUUCUUUCCUGGAAUGGUUAUUGCACGUUCAACACUGCUUCAAGAGCGUAAGUGGUCCCCGAAACAGUUGGUGAUUUGCACUCCAGCUAGGUCAUGCUCUUUAAUUGGUUGGACUUCUUUUGACAGGCAAACUUGCCUGUUUUAGUGUGCUCUAUAGUAACAAUCUUGAAAAAUAAGUGUACUUUGAAGACAACAAUGCAUAUGGUAUUUCAUCAAUUAAUUGGAGUUUCUGUAUUUGAAUGGAAAGCUGAUGAGAGGCCAGCCAUAAUAAGAACAAAAGCUGAUG